AAAUACAGAUACCCCAGAAGCCCCACUGGGUUGUUAUUCAUGAGGUUUAGAUUUCACUGUACUAACGUUGCUUGUUGAAACUAUAUGUCGCGACGCAGAGUGACCAUGUCUUCUAAGGUGGGCCGAGCUACAGACGACUUGCCGGUCAACGAGCUGGAGGAGCGGCCUUCUAAACGUCCGCGCCGAAGCUUGGUUGCAUGUCUCAGAUGCCACUCACACAAGGUCAAGUGCUCAGGUGGUAACCCAUGCCAUAAUUGUUCUCAACAGGAUGGAAAUGUGGAGUGUACUUAUCCGAUGAGAGAUCGGAAGAUUUUGAUACAGGAAAGUUAUUUGAAUCAACUAAAGCAAGAGAACGACGCUCUCCGUCAAGGACGGAGGCUUUCUGGACAAGAUGUGGACAAAACGGAGCCUCCUGAACAAUAUCUGGAGAGCAAAAAUUUGAGGGAAGAAGACGAAAACCAGGAAAAUGCCACGAGUAAUGCUGAUGUCGAUCUUCGAAACCCUCUUAUUGAAGACAAAGCUUGGUUCGUCCCUGACAAUAAUUCUCGACAACCAAUUUAUAUUGGCGAGGCUGCAUGUACUGCAUUCGGCACCCGGUUGAGACAGUUCCUUAAAGGAAAUGAACCUGUGGUUGCGUUGUCAAGAUCCAAGUACACCAAGGAUAAAUCGUUUCUUCGCAUGCCCGAUCCAAUAUUUCAGUUGCCCAAUCGCGCUUAUGCAAAUCUGUUGCUAAAGGUGGCAUUACGCUUUCUAGGAAAUGACUAUCAUUUGAUGCUCCGCAAGUCGACUAUGGAGCGAAUGGAGGCUCUCUAUAGACACCAGUCUUACGACGAUCCCGUAUUCCUCUGUAAACUGUUUGCCUUAUUCUCUAUGGGAGAGAUGUACGCCAACCGACGACUGCCAUCUACAAAAGGGCCUGAUAUCCCAGGUACUGGUUUCUUUGUUCAAGCAAUGAGUCUAUUCCAGGAUAUGCACGAGGAGGCUUCGGUUAUGUAUGUCGAAGCGCUUUUGAUUAUAUCUCUAUUCUCUCUUGCACUCAACCGCACCAAAUCAGCGUAUACGUACGCAGGAAUGGCACUACGCUUGUGUCUCACAUUAGGCCUACAUCACAAUCUUCCUGAAGGCUAUGCUAUUUCGACUGUAGAGAGAGAGCAUCGUAUACGAGUGUGGUGGAGUGUUUACAUCACUGAUCGUAUCACCAGUUCGAAACUUGGCCAUCCUGUCACUGUUAGGGACAGCGAUAUUGAUGUCGACCUGCCAUCAAUGGAUAACCUAACCCCAUUCGAGAAGGAGGAAUUUUCUGACCCAUCUCAUUUGAUUGCACACGUAAAACUAGCAAGAAUCACAGGAGAUAUCAUUGGAGAUAUAUACGGGCGGGAAGGUCAAGCAAAAGCGUUUGUGCAGAGUGUACAGAAAAUUCUUCGCAGCUUGCGCUCAUGGGCAGAAACAUUACCCCAAAGUGUUCAAAUAUCACCAGGAAAACCACCACAGAAAUACGCGGCCAGACACGUGGCGUCAUUGCAUCUGUGCUUCAAUCAGUGUGUUAUUCUCACUACCCGACCAAUUCUAUUUCACGUAUUCAAAUCCCGUUUCCAACCUCAAGGGCCAGCAGCCGUCUCACCGACAACAAUGGCCCUGUCCGAAGCUUGUAUUCACGCAGCACGGAGUUCGAAUAGUCUCCUGACUCAGCUUUGGAUCGAUGGUGGCAUGGCAAUCUUCGGCUACUUCGACUCUCACUAUCUUUUCUCAUCUACUAUCAUCCUCAUGAUGUCCAGCAUUCUAGGCACAACGAACAGCGAUGCAGACCGCGAAGCAGUCGAUACGGCCUCCGACAUUAUGCAGUCAAUGGUGCAGGAUGGAAAUCUACCUGCUGCUGGGUUUCACCCGCACUUUCUCGAGAUUCGCAAGGGAUUGCUCGAGUUUAUUGAGCAUGGCGGUCACCACCAAGGCGUAGGAGCAGCAAUGGCAACAACAAUUGGAGAUCAAGAUCCAUUGCCAGAAGAGUUGCGCUUGAAUCCUACUACCACACACAUGAACGAUAGCAGCAGUGCGUUUCUGGUGCAGAGUGCAUUGGACGACCCAUCUAUUCAAAAUUUCCUCACGCAGGCAGACACCCAAUGGGGCUUUCCGGCCGGGAUGGAAAUGGCGGGCGAUAUGACAUUAACGGCUCCCUGGCUGUUUGAAUAGUCUUUGUUUGUAAAUUGAUGCUACGAAGGAUGAAUGACAAAGUAACGACCAUGUAUUUACCUAUGUAUGUGGUCACCGAUAAUCUUGAGACUCUGCAAUGGGCAUUUAUUUGAUAGUAUCUACACUGACGGUCCUGAAAGAAGAGGCUUAGAUCGAACA